CGCCCAGCCAGCCUCUUGUCAUUCCACUAGAGGCUCUUCAUCACCGGCGCUCCCGCACACCUGUCCCUCCAUCCCGACAGCAGCUGUGGAAAUAAUACGUGUUUAACACAUUUAAAGAGGAAAAAUUAAAUAAAUAAAUUAAAAAAAAUGGCAAGCAGCUUCACACGAAUCUUGUCCUCCAAACGACAUCUCGGAAUCCUGUCGUUUGUUGGAGGCUCUGUAACGGCUGGAUUUCUGCUCCACCGGGAACAUGUCAGCGCCGGAGUCCCAGUACGCAGGAGGUACCCCGCCAGUGCGGAGUACCCUGACCUGCGCAAACACAACAACUGCAUGGCAAGUAACCUGACACCUGCCAUCUAUGCCAAGCUGUGUGAUAAGGCCACUCCCAAUGGUUACACGCUGGACCUGGCCAUCCAGACGGGUGUGGACAACCCUGGGCACCCCUUCAUCAAGACUGUGGGCAUGGUGGCAGGUGACGAGGAGUCUUAUGAGGUAUUUGCAGACCUCCUGAACCCUGUCAUUAAAGAGAGGCACAAUGGUUAUGAUCCUCUCACUAUGAAGCACCCCACUGACCUGGAUUCCAGCAAGCUUCAAUCAGGCCAGUUCGACGAGCGCUACGUGCUGUCGUCCAGGGUGCGAACGGGCCGCAGUAUCCGUGGGCUGAGCCUGCCCCCCGCCUGCACCCGUGCAGAGCGCAGGGAGGUGGAAAGGGUGGUGGUGGACGCCCUCGCUGGCUUGAAGGAUGACCUGGCCGGGAGGUACUACAGUCUCGCCCUGAUGACAGAAGAGGAGCAGCAGCAGCUCAUUGAUGACCAUUUCCUGUUUGACAAACCCGUGUCACCCCUGCUGACGUGUGCAGGCAUGGCUCGUGACUGGCCAGAUGCCCGCGGUAUCUGGCACAACAACAACAAGACAUUCCUGAUUUGGGUCAAUGAGGAGGAUCACACCAGGGUCAUCUCCAUGGAGAAGGGAGGCAACAUGAAGAGAGUCUUUGAGAGGUUCUGCAAAGGCCUCAAAGAGGUGGAGCGUCUGAUCCAAGAGAGAGGCUGGGAGUUCAUGUGGAAUGAGAACCUCGGUUACAUCCUCACCUGCCCCUCCAACCUGGGCACAGGGCUCAGGGCCGGGGUCCACGUCAAACUGCCCCUGCUGAGCAAGGAUCCCCGCUUCAGUAAGAUUCUGGCCAACCUGCGUCUGCAGAAGCGAGGGACUGGUGGUGUGGACACGGCUGCUGUGGGUGGUGUGUUCGACAUCUCCAACCUGGACCGCCUGGGACAGUCUGAGGUCCAGCUAGUGCAGACCGUGGUCGACGGUGUCAACUACCUUAUCGAGUGUGAGAAGAGACUGGAAAGAGGUCAGGACAUCAAGGUGCCCGCACCCCUCAAGCAAUUCAAGUAGACACUGACCCCUGACCUCACCUGCACAAACCUCUGGGCACACACACAUGCACAACACUCCGCUCUGUGCCCAUAGAUAUUAUGAAUAUCUAUGUCAUUGCCUCUUUUAUUCCUACUACUUAUCUAAUCAACCUUCCUUGCCCUUCCAGUAUACAUCUCUAUAAUAUAAUCGACAGUAUAUUAUACGCAGCUAUCUGGCUAAACCAAACCAGAGUCCCAGAAUACUGCAUUGGACUUCAUUGUGUUUCAGGUGCUUGAAGGUUUUUAUCUUUAAACUCAAAGCCAAGCCUAGCUCUAAAAUUGCAGCAAAGAUUAAUGACGGUGCACAAACUGUAGGCUGUUGUAACAGAGCAAAGAUGGCUGUGGGUUUGUCCGUCUUUGCAUGGCCAAACAGUAUUUAUGGCUCUGCUCCGAAAGCACUCCUGCACCCACCAAACCUGGCUUUACCCCUCCUCUGUCCCUUCCUGACGCAUGUCUUAUACUCUGUCUUUUCCUCUCAUUCCUGUGUGUUGUUUCAUUCCUACUAUCUGGUGCUUGUGUGGUCCAUCCAUCAGUGCUUUACUCUCCAUUGUAGAGUGUAUGAACACAGUUUCUUUUCACGAUUUUGAGUGGAUUUUGAAUGUAGAUUAACAGGGUAAGAUACUCCUCCAAAGGAUUUGUACGUUUGAUGACACACUGAUGUCAAAAAUGUAAUGUUAUAACACACACUGGCCAGGCUGGAUUCUGUACUGUAAGCGAAUGAAGCAAUAUCAUUCCAGCUCAUCGCUGAAUGUCACACUGUAAUGAAUUUUAUUAAAGAAAUCAUCUAUUUAACAGUA